UAUAUAUGACCAUUCUUUCCUUGCUUGACAGAGUCAGUCGUUUAGACACCCAAGAGAAUCACAUUUUCAAAGGACUCAAUAAGCCCCACUAACCCUGAGAACGAUGAAUAACCUCUGGAAAACACUGAUCCUCCUGACUGCCUUCGUCGCUGCAACACAUUGCUUGACCUGCCGUACCUGUCCAGUCAGCAUCCUGGGGAACUGCCUGUUUGCAAGUGACACCACAUGUGCCAACAACACAAACAGCUGCUUCUUUGGAGAAGCAAAAUUCAAUGCCACAGGUGCGGUGACCCUGAAAUUUCGCGGCUGCACAGACUCUGACGUGUGUAACAAGACGCUGACUGGCAGCCUCUUUGGUGCCGCCUACACCAGUACCCUCCGGUGCUGCGAGUCGAACCUGUGCAACAGCGCCACCACUAUGCAGCUGCCUCUGACUGUGGCCGUCUUCACUGCUGUCCUGUCUUCACUCUGGAGCCUCUGAGUUGUCGUCCUGUAUGAUCUCUUUCACUGCCCAAAGCUGAUUCUUGCUUGAUUGUUUGAUAUGAUCUAUCUCAUCACUGAGAUCAAAUGAAAAUCAAAUAUACAGGUAUUUUAUUCUAAAUCCAUAUUUUUUUAAACUUCAAAAGUUUGCAUUUUUGUGUUUUCUUACUUAACAUGAAAUAUGAUGAAAUAAAACAGUGAGGACCUGGGA